UCUACUUCGAUUUUUAAAUACAAUUUUGUACGUAUUUAGUUUGAGCAUAACCAAUAUGUCAGACGUUAAAAGCCUUGAACAUCCAACGUUAAAGGUUCCUUAUGAACUACUCAAUAAGAAAUUUCGUUCAGCUCAGAAAACCUUAGAUAGGGAAGGUUCUCAUGUAUUAGCAGCUGCUAAUGAACUAUUAAAGAAUGAUGGAACAGGUGUUCCUGCAGGUGAAAUAAGUAGAUUAUUAGGAGGAGUUGUAGCUAAACUUCAAGUUUUAAAGAGGAAGGCAGAGGAGUCUAUUGCAGAAGAGCUACAAGCAGGAAUGGUGUGCAAAAGACGAUUAGAUCACUUGAAAGAACAUGCUAAUACAGCACCCAGUGUAGUAAACCAAUGGCGAAGGCAGAGACUUGAUAGAAUGUUGAUAGAAUAUUUUCUUCGUAAGGGUUACUAUAAAACUGCAACAAAAUUAGCAGAUAGCAGCGAACUUAGAGACUUAACAAACAUAGAUGUUUUUAUGGUAUCAAGAGAGGUUGAGAAAUCAUUAGCAAACCAUGAGACAGCAAGAUGCUUAGGAUGGUGCCAUGAUAAUCGGUCUAAAUUAAGAAAAUUAGGAAGUACCAUGGAAUUUAAUUUACGUGUACAAGAGUUUAUAGAGUUAGUCAGAGCAGAUAGAAGACUUGAUGCUGUUAAACACGCAAGAAAAUGUUUUGCUAACUAUGAUGAUUAUCAGUUACAAGAGAUUCAGUGCUGCAUGGGUCAGUUAGCAUUUCCAGCUAAUACCUCCCUCAGUCCAUAUAAAGAUCUGUUAGACGAGAAAAGAUGGGAUAGGUUGAUCGAGCAGUUUAGACACGAAAAUUAUAGACUUUUCCAAUUAGCAAGUCAGAGUGUCUUUACAGUAGCCCUACAAGCAGGUUUAUCAGCAUUAAAAACAUCUCAGUGUUAUAGUGCAAACAAAGAGGGCAGAAACACAAAUUGUCCAGUAUGCAAUGAAGCUCUUAAUGAAUUAGCUGCUCCAUUGCCAUUUGCUCACUGUUCACAGUCCAGACUUGUUUGCAGUAUCAGUGGCAAACCACUAAAUGAGUACAAUCAACCAAUGAUGAUGCCAAAUGGAUAUGUAUAUGGAGAACAAGCAUUGGAAAAGAUGGCUCAAGAAAACAAUGGUACUGUGAUUUGUCCAAAAACCAAAGAAGUCUUUCCAUACAAAAAAAUAGAGAAAGUUUAUGUUAUGUAAAGUUUCCUGAAUCUGACACAACUUGUACAAUAUACAGUGCAUCUCUCUCUCACAUUAAUUCUAAAUAUUUACUGUUUCAUACUGUAC